AUGGGAGAUUCAACGGCCAGUCUCAUAGAGGCCUACCACGAUCUCAAUGCUAAUAUAGUUGAUGAGCUAGAGGACGAACCAAGUGCAUUGGAAUUCAUGCGAUAUGUGGCGAAGAAUAGACCUUUCGUGGUCAGAAAAGCCGCGACAGAGUGGCAGGCGUUCGAAAAGUGGGAUGCUGCCUAUCUACGAAAAGCAAUGGCUGGAGAAGACGUCAAGGUUGCUAUUACGCCGUCGGGCAAUGCCGAUGCUGUUGUGCGCCAAGAAGAUGCCAGUGAUGUCUUCAUGGAGCCUUACGAGAUCGAAGAACCAUUUGGCAGUUUCCUAGACGCCAUACAAGAAUCCUCUGGUCGAAGAGAAGUGGAUAAGGCAAAUGUGCGAUAUGCUCAAACCCAGAAUGACAAUCUACGGAAUGAGUACUCACCAUUGCAGUCCGAGGUCCCAAGCGAGAUAUCCUUUGCCCGCAUUGCUCUCGAACAAGCUGCCGAUGCCAUUAACCUAUGGCUCGGCAACGAUAGAUCAGUGACUUCACUGCAUAAGGACAACUACGAGAAUAUCUACGUCCAGAUUCGGGGCCAGAAGCAUUUCACCAUCCUGCCUCCGGUCGAGAUGAGCUGUGUGAACGAACGACUACUACCAAAAGGCCGCUUCGCUCCUAGUGACAUUAAUGUCGGGCAGGAGACUGACGGUCUGAUCGUAAAGCUCAACACGAAUGCUGAGCCAGUACCAGUCGCUACAUGGGAUCCAGACACGCCCGAGGAGAAGACAACGCGGUACUCGCACCUCGCGAAGCCUUUGCGUGUGACGCUACGAGAAGGCGAUAUGCUCUACCUACCUUCACUAUGGUAUCACAAAGUUAGCCAAACGGCAGGCGAGGAAGGCUUCGUAUGUGCUGUCAACUACUGGUAUGACAUGGACUUCGCCGGGCAGCACUGGGUGGCGAAUCAGUUUGUCAGGGAUGUGUACCAAGACGAGCAGAAGAAGCCACAAUACCCGAGUCUGACUAUCAGUACGGGAGAGUAG